CACCAAAACCUCAAACCCCUCUUAAGAGAUAGGAGCUUCACAAUUCACUACACAAAUAAAACACUACUUCUCUUCAAGGCCUUAAAAAAAAUAUUCCAAGAUCUACCACAACAAAAAACAACUUCUAGUUUCUGUUCUGGUUGUGUGGUUCAAAUGGCAACUUCAGUUCCCAUUUGUUCUUCUUUUACCGGAACAUGGGCAACAUCCAUGGCCAAUGAAGACUGCGCCAUGCUGGCUAAGUGUCCAACGCGGGUACGUGUCGGAAGGCCGGUUCGAUCACAACCGAUGAUGAAGAAUGUUAAUGAAGGGAAAGGCCUUUUUGCCCCGGCUGUGGUUGUAGUACGUAACAUAGUUGGUAAGAAGCAGUUCAACCAGCUUAGAGGAAAGGCCAUUGCUUUACACUCUCAGGUCAUUAACGAGUUCUGUAAGUCCAUAGGAGCGGAUCAAAAACAACGACAAGGACUAAUCAGACUGGCAAAGAAGAACGGGGAGAGACUCGGAUUCCUGGCGUAAUUACAGGGUUCAUUGAAGUUGAAAGAUUGUAAUAGUUUAAGGACUUCCAGAUGUAUAUACUCUUGUCUUCAUCUGGAUUAAGUGAUAGUUACCCUGUUAAGCUAAUAUCAUGAAAUUCAUACUUGCAUA